AUGAUCAAUGCCUUUCGCCAGACACUCCCUGGAAUCCAGGCCUGGCACGAUAGGUACUACCGCAGCGGCGGCUCGUCCUCGUCCAUUGGCGUCGACGGCACCGUGUACUCGCUCAAUCUCCAGACCCACUCGGAGCGGUCGCUCAAGGACCCACGCAUGGGCUCUGCCGGCCUGUUCACGCUCUCGCACACGGCGUACAGCCAAGAGUGGCACGAGGCGACCGUCGAGCAGGUCCUCUUUCCGCCCUACGACCUCGCCGCUGUGGCCGAGGUCGAGGUCGCUGGCGUCUCCAGCCCCAUUCAUUGGUACGCCUCGACGCCCGACUAUGACUCCGGCCGCACCACUAUCGUCCCGCUCUCCGGUAUCACCGCCAAGGUCGUUUACGCAGACUCAGUCAUCGGCAUGACCCUCCACUCAGUCAUCCCGUCGUACGCCGGCCCAGGCUGGAGUGGUGCCAUCGACGACGCCACAGCUGAGUUCCCAGGCUCCCCGCGCUCUCUCGUUCUCCGCAUCGAGGAUGUGUCCAUGCCACCGCGGCGCGGCUACCCGGAAAUGGUCGGCUUCAACCUUGUCUUUGCCGGUGCCGCCCUCGUCAUCGCCGCAGUCUUCCUCACCUGCCCGCUCAUGUACCUCUGCUACGUUGCCCGCCGCAACAUGGCCCUCAACACCGGCCGCCCGCCUCCGUUCUUUGGCUCGCUCCGUCGGUUCCGCGGCUGGGGCUAA